AUGCACAACGAAAGCAGCAGAAGCAGCAACAGCAGCAGCAGUAGCGGCGGGAGAAGCAGCAGCGGGUGUCGGCAGUUGGGGCGGCUCUGGGGAGUGUCGGUGGUGUUUCCGCUGCUAAAGCAGUUGCUGCUUCUGCAGCAGCAGGGGACGCACUCAGCUGCGCUGAACCUGCUGCUGGUGCUGCUACUUCGGGGGCAGGUGUGGGACAAGAACUACUGCGAGGAGAAAGCGAAGGAAAAGGCAUUGUUGCUGGGAGUUGAACAUCUUCUACACUUGCUACCAAAACCCAGAGAGAAUUCCAAAUCGCCGCCGCUGCCGGCGUGCGGCUACCGGCAGCAGCUGCAGCAGCGCGCAUUUAAACAUGACUUCGAGAGAGAAGUCAGCCGCACGAAAAUGGUCACCCUGCAGACCCCCAGGAUGCAGCGGGGUGGGUUUUGGUGCUACAUUUGCGAGUGUUUGUGCAAGGACUCACAAGCCUAUUUGGAUCCUAUUAGCGGCCGGAACCACAACCAGCUUCUCGGAAUGGGUAUGCGCGUAGAGCGGGUGCCCUUGGCUAGGGUUAAGGCCAAGCUGCAGGCAGCGCGGCAGACGGCGGGGGCUGGCUUGGAGCCCCAAACCCAAAGACAAAAGUGGAUGCGCCUGGAGGAAAAGGAAGUGUCUGACGAAGACGGUGGCAAUAUUGUUCGACAAGGGGAUUUAGGGAUGUUUGUGCGUGGAGCUGCCUUGCUGCAGCACGAAUUACAGCAAGAAAUGCUGCAACUUGAAAAAGACCUCUUCCGCCCCCCAGGGCCUUGA